AUGACUAUUUCUGAGACGGAGAGGCAUCGGUCAAAUGCCUCCGGCAAUCCCCAACCAUCCGUGUUCUUGAAGGAAGGCUCCCAAACGCUCAUGUUUCCCAACAAUACGUACGACAAUAUGCAGGUCUCGGUACAGGGAACGCUACAGAUUCGCGGCGUACAAAAGGAUGACGAUGGCUACUACAUCUGUUCGGCACUGAGUGUCGCCGGUUCCACUACCAGUAGAGCUUACUUACAGGUACUGACUCGCUCGGACAGCAAUCUACCCCCGAUACUGCAGAUCGUACCGACUAAUCAAACACUGCCCCGCGGCACUGUGGCCACUCCUGCCAUGCCGUGCCAUGUCGGUAAUCCGACGCCCAUGAUACGCUGGAUGAAAAAUGCGACCGAUAUCAACCUUUCCGGCGGUAACGGGCGCUUCUCAAUCAUCCAGGGUGGCACGCUAAGAAACUGGAUGGGGAUACCGAAUGCCAAGCAAUCUCUUGAGGGAGACCCACAGCACGAAAAGAAAGACGUGAGCUGUGAGUACUUCGUCAAAAGAAACCCUUGCUUUUACCGUUCCUUCGAUCGAUUGGUCGAAGAAGCGGUGUAG